CUCGCGUCCCCAUCAUAUCGCCUUCAACUUCCAUACCAUCUCUUUCCCUACCAUAUAUAUACACGAGCCCCUUCUCCACGACCACGACCAUAGUAGCAGCGCAAGCAAGAAAAGCAGGAGCAGAUCAGAUUCAUCCAGAGAUCCAGAGAAGAAUCGGAGCUUCUUUUUCGCUAGGAUUAUUAGCUCUCGCGGACACGAACGAUGGCGAGCGGCGGCUACGGCGGCCCCUACUCCUACUACAACCAGCCUGCGGCCGCGCCCUACUACUACGUGCAGCGGCCGGCGAGAGGGGGAGGCGGCGGCGGCUCGCGACCGCCGCUCCACCUCUUCCUGCUGCUCGCGACGCUCCUCCUCCUCGCCGCCACCUCGCUGUACGCGCGGUGUGAGGCGGCGGUGGAGAGCAUGGCACAGCAGCUCCGGCCGUUGCUCAUCCUGUCCCCGCUGCUGCUCAUCGUCGCCGCGCAGCUCUGGGUGGCCACCAGCGGCGACCACCGGCAGGGUGGGGGCGCGCUCGCGUACCUCCUCGAGCAGGUGGCUCCGGCGGACCAGUACUACAGGAGCGGCGCGCCGUAUGGCCGGUGGGACGGCGGCUCGUCGCCGUGGGGUGUGGCGGUGGUGCUCGUGCUCGUCCUGAUCUUGGUCUCGUACCAGUCUUCGUUCCAGGAGUGGCGGUUGUUCCCGCUGCGCGGCCGGUGAAGAGGUGCAGUGGACGGCGUGAGGUUAGGCUGCGUCUGCGUGCAUGAAGCUGCUUGCAUGAUCAAUUGACCAUGGCCAUGGCCGUGGCCAGUCUGUUGUAUAUUGUUGGAGGAGCUAGCCAUGGUAGGCAUGUCCAUUAGUGUCGUGAAUCCUUACGUCUA